AUCAGCUGAUGCAGAGAGCAGACCAGCUCUUCACUUAGCAUGCAGCAGGACAGCCCUACUGGGUCAGCAUGUCACUCACUGCCUGUGGCUUCCCAGCAGCGGGUAUACCGUUUCCCUUCGCGACACAGUACGGCUCAGCUCUAAUCAAGUGUGUGAUGGUGUUACCCUUUAGCACUUGUAGCCCACCAGGGAUUAUCACCACAAGCUUCUGUGCUGGUGUUUCUGAAGCAUGUAGAGGCAAGUUGCUGGGAUGUCAGAGAGCUGUACAGAGAGCGUUCUUCUGGGAAGAACAAAAAGCAAACAUUAUCCAGCAUAAAAGGACCUGAGAACCAAAACUAUACUCACAUGAGCUUUCACUCCAGCUACAAAGCAGCUUGGCUACACUCAGCUAAGGCAGCCACAGCUGGAAGACUGGGGAACUUCAAAACUCCUGCUUUAAUCAGAGGCCUUACAAGGAGAAGUCAGCCCACGAGAAACUUCCGACCAACCGCUCACCUGAUCCUGCUGCAGUGGUCAUGUUCCUCGCCUAACCCGUUAGGAACAAAGCUGUAAGGAGAGCAGAAGGUGUCAAAGUAAAACAGCUGCAUAUCUUCCAAGAAAAGCUCGUGUUUUCCAAAGGAAUUCAAGCGGAGGUGCUUUAUUAAGAGAACUAGUCAGGACAAACAUUCACAUGGCAAACUCGGCUGUUCAGUUACUUGGCUUCUCUCUAAGCCUUCUUGGCCUAAUUGGGACAUUAAUUGCUACUAUUCUGCCACACUGGUGGCGAACGGCACAUGUAGGCACCAAUAUUAUAACAGCUGUGGCCUAUAUGAAAGGGCUUUGGAUGGAGUGUGUCUGGCACAGCACCGGCGUCUACCAGUGCCAAGUUCACCGCUCCCAGCUGGCGCUGCCCCGUGACCUCCAAGCCGCCCGUGCCAUGAUGGUAAUUUCCUGCGUCCUUUCCGCGCUGGCAUGCGUGAUUGCUGUCAUCGGUAUGAAGUGCACGCAGUGUGCCAAGGAGACUUCUGCCAAAGACUCCAUCGCGGUCUCUGGGGGGAUUGUUUUCAUCCUGGCUGGUCUCAUUUGCCUGGUACCUGUUUCUUGGACUACCAAUGACGUCGUUACAGAUUUCUACAACCCCGUGCUUCCCAGCGGGAUGAAGUACGAGAUAGGUCAAGCUCUUUACCUUGGCUUCGUCUCCGCUUCUUUGACGAUCCUCGGUGGUGCACUGCUGUGCACAUCAAGUCAGUGUCGCGGGAACGAGACACCUUACCAGACGCAGCCCAGCAGCGCAAGAAGGACUGCUCCCUCCUAUAGACCACCAACUGUCUACAAGGGAAACCAUGCUUCUUCCCUGACAUCUGCUUCCCAUAGUGGCUACAGAUUAAAUGACUAUGUGUGAGUUCCCUAAGAUUUGCCUGCAGGACACAGCUGCUUUAUAAUUUCUGUGCAUGGCAUAAAACAAAGCUAUGAUGACUUUUAAUUUAUAAGGGUUACGAUACAAAGUUUACCAUUGUUCAUUUCUUCCUUUCCUUUCUUUUCGGAGAAAGAAAGAAUGCGAACGCAAAACUACUUGCUGCAAAACCUGGAAAAUAAAUAUAAAGGAGGCUGUGAGGUUCCAGAGACAGCACAUACCUGCCUACUUUCAAUUAGACUUUUGCAGGCAGGCAGUUCAAGGGCAGUUUUGCUAAAAGUAAUGGUUUGGUUUGUAGUUUCUGCCCUGCAACAAGCACUAAAGCGGAACUGGCCACAACUUGUUGUUUGAACAGUGCUCCAACAAAAGACGCCGUUUUGCCUAAAACGGAGGACUCCUGGUGAGACACAGUGAUUUUCAGCAGUGAUUGCUGGCUAAGUUUCUCAUUUCCAUAAUGCAUGAAUAUUUCGUUAUGACAAGGUAUUAGUUUUGCUUUGAAUUAACCUUUUGGGUUUUUUUUAUAGUCCCUUGAAAUAUGAAUUUCAAUAGCAUUAUGACAGGUGUAUUUGACAGUAUGUUAUAACCAAUAUUUUAAAUUAUACUGCAAUGUUUUGACCUUA